AUGUCUAAAAAGUUACAUUUGGAUUUAUUCAAAGAUGCAUCCUAUAAUUCUAUGAUCAAAUAUAAUCAAAAAUUCCCACAAGAGGAUGAAAUUCUCCGUAUAAUCAUGAAUGAUCAAGUCGAUAAAUUCAUUGAAUACAUAGUUAACAAUCCAAUUAAUGAUGUUUAUAUUCUUAUUCCUGGUUUUGCGGGUCUUUCACCUCUUCAAGCAUGCUGUUAUUUUGGCUCAGUUAAUAUUUUCAAUUUCAUGAUUUCAAAUUUAAAUACCAAAAUUACACAGGAAGACUUUCAAUAUUCCCUGAUUGGUGGUAAUGCUGAUAUCAUCAAUGAAUGUUUUAAGAAUCAUUCAAUCGAUGAAAUAUGCAUGGAAUACAUUAUUGAAUCGCACAACAACACAUAUCUUGAAAAUAUCUUUGAAAUGGGCUUGGUUAAUCUUUCUGAUAUUAAUUUCGCAUCAAUUAUCAGUUCUCAAAACAUGAAGGCUUUCCUCCUAGUAUAUGAAAAAGAUAAAAAUUGCAUAAUUCCAUGGUGUGCUGCUUUGAAACCGUGUUAUGCUUUUCUUCAAGAUGAAAAUAUAAAUAUUUUAGCGAGAUCUCCAGACCAAUGGACACUACUUCAUUAUGCAACUGCAUAUAAUAAUGUAGAAUUAUGCAAACAUUUUUCAGGCUCUCAAGAUUUGAUUAAUGAACGAGAUGACAAAGGUAGAUCAGCUCUUCAUUUUGGAGUUAUCAAUAAUAAUAAAGAAAUUGUAGAAAUUCUAAUUUCCAAUGGUGCUGACAUUAAUACUCAGGAUAAUGAAGGGGCAACGGCACUUCAUAUAGCAGCACGGAUGAAUAGAAAAGAAAUUGCUAAAAUUCUUAUUGCCCAUGGUUCUGAUGUUAAUAUUCAAGAUAAUGAUCCAGAUGGGAGAACUCCAUUGCACUAUGCUGCAGAACAUAAUUGUAUAGAUGUCUUAAAGGUUCUUAUUUCAAAUAAAGUGAAUAUAAAUGCAAAAGAUAAGAAUGGUUAUUCUGCAUUGCACAUUGCUGCUGAUUGUAAUUACAGAGAUUUUGCAAAUCUAUUAAUUUCGAAUGGUGCAGAAAUAAAUGCGAGUGAUAAAAAUGGACGAACAGCUUUACACAUUUCCUCGAUAAGGAAUAGUAUCCACGUAGGAAAGUUAUUAAUAAUGUCAAAUGUCGAUAUUAAUGCAAAAGAUAUCUAUGGUCAGAAUGCCAUUCAUUUGGCAGCCAUACAUAACUGUAAAGAGAUGAUAAAAGUGCUCAUUUCUCAUGGUGCAGAUCCAACCGCAAAAACUAAUUUAGGAAAAAUUGCUCUUCAUUUGGCAGCAGGAAAUAACAGUAUGGAUAUAAUAGAUGAUCUUAUUAUGCAUGGUUCAGAUAUUAAUUCUAAAGAUAAUGAAGGGAAAACUGCACUUCAUGAGGCAGCAAUAAUGAGUACAAAAGACGUAGCAGAAUGCCUUAUAUUACAUGGUGUUAAUAUUAACGCUGCCGACAAUGAAGGGUACACAGCCCUUUAUUAUGCUUUAAAAAAUGGGAAAAUGGAAAUAGCUGAACUCCUUAAAUCGCAUGGAGCUAUCGAAUCCGUACAGAAUACUUCCUCCAAUAAAGAAGAACCAGAAAAUGACGUGCUUUAUAGUUACAUGGGUUUAGGUGUGUUAUCCUUAGGAUCUUAUGCAUUAUAUAAAUCAAUGUCAUCUUUAUUUCAGUUUGUAAAAUGA